AUGACGCGAAGGCAAGCUGCGGCUGCCGCCGGUAAUGUUGACGACCGGAAGGGUUUCGCCGGCAGCAGCGAGGGCAGCAGCAGUUGUGCGGCUGUCGCAAGCCUGGGAGCUUCUGACGGUUACGAUUUCGCUGCUGCUGACCCCGCGCGGCGAGAUGGUGGCGAGAGUAACCAUGAACCUCCCAGUUCGUGGCUGGACAGGAAGCUUUUAGAGAGAAACGACCGGGAUGAUUCCGAAGUGGACAAUUUAGUGGGUUCUGACGGAGUUGGUCGUAAGAGGAAGAAAAGCUGGCGCGUGUGUUGGAUCUGGGCGGUGAUGAGCGUGGGCUUGCUGGCGAUGAUCUUCACGAUCGUGUGGACGCAAGCGUCGAGCGAGCAGCAGGCGGAGCGCGAGGGGCAGUGCGGCGAGUGGGCAGCGUUCAUCGAGUCGCACUUCAACUCCACGCAGGCCAACACGCGCGCGCUCGCCGAGUUCGUCCACGCCUACUACAUCGACGGGCGCGAGAGCUUCUUCCGCCCGUCCAAGUUCCUCAAGUUCAGCUCCUCCGCACUGCACGCCCGCCCCGUGGCAGCAUUUGUGGGUUAUGCUCUCCGAGUCAACAGCUCAGCCCUGCGCAGCCACGUGGAGCAGCGACUGCAGGGCUGCCUCAUCGCAGUGAGCGCGGAGUUCUCCUGCCGCCCGCCUGGCCUGCCGCUGUACGUGCCGCUGCUGCUGGGCACCAGCAGCAACGAGGGGAGCAGCAUGCGCCGCCUUCCCCGCAACCGCACUGCUGCCGGCGCUGACCUGCUCUCCGACCCCACGCUAGCAGCCAUGAUCCGGGCGGCAGACACGGGGCGCAGCGGCGCCAUGUCCGCCCCCAUGGCAUCCCCAGCAUCGCCCUUCCACAUGGUGGCGCAGGCCUUCCCCGUGUACGACACUCAUGACCACGGCCACGUGUUCGUUCACAGCUUUGAGCCCGACUCGCUCGACGCACUCACCAAACCGCACGGCUUUUUCAUCGCAGCUUACUCCUUCCACACACUCCGCCUCGCCCCCAACUUCGACCAGCUUAAAGCCCUCCCUCUUCGCACAUACCUCAUAGACGUGACCAAUGAGAGCAGCCCAGCUGUGCUGUUUGGGCCGGAAGGGACGGAGGGGAUGACGGGGAAGCAGGCAGGAGUGUGGGCGGCGGUGGCGCAUAAGAGACGAGUGGUGCAGUACCAAGGGCGCGUUCAGUACCCCAUGUGGUUCGGCGACCCGUCACGGAACUUUGUGCUUGUUUGCGAGCCGGAAGCCAACGCGAAGCCGAGCCCGCCGUUCGUGUGGAUGGUAGUUUCAUUCAUCAUCCUGGCGAUCUCAGUGCUCGUGCUCUGGAUGUCCGUGCACCUCAUGGCCAAGCUUGAAACCGACACGCUGCGAGUGGAAUCAGCACAAGCGCAGCUCGCGACGGCCAAGGUGGCGGCAGAGGCGGCGAGUCGAGCUAAGAGCGACUUCCUCACCACCAUGAGCCAUGAGAUUCGUACUCCCAUGAAUGGCGUGAUAGGCAUGCUGAACCUGCUGAUGGAGACCCCUCUGGACGGCACGCAGCAGGACUACGCGGAGACGGCGUGCAGCAGCGGGCGGGCGCUGUGUGCGCUGAUCAACGACAUUCUCGACCUCUCCAAGAUCGAGGCCGAGAAGCUCCGCCUCGAGCGCAUCCCCUUGAAUCUGAGAGCCGAGCUCGACGACGUGCUUGCACUGUUUGUGGAGAGCGCGGAGGAGAAGCGAUCGGUGGAGCUGGCAGCCUUCGUGGCUGAUGAUGUGCCGGAGACUCUCGUCGGGGAUCCGCUGCGCAUACGGCAGAUCCUCAUGAACCUCAUCAGCAACGCGUUCAAGUUCACGAGCACGGGGCACAUCUUCCUCGUCAUCCGCCUCGCUCUGCCCGACGAUACCGCGGUGCGGCUGCUGGUGGCGGUGGAGGAUACAGGAGAGGGCAUCCCCAUGGCGGCUCAGAGGGGCAUGUUUCGCCCGUACUCCCAGGCGCACGCCAGCACCACCCGCCUGCAUGGGGGGACGGGCAUCGGCCUCUCCAUCUCCAUCCCUCUGCUGUUCCCUGGCAGCCAUCCCUCUGCUGUUCCCUGGCAGCCAUCCCUCUGCUGUUCCCAUCGCAUCCCGCACGCAACGCCUGCACAGGCCAACACGCAUCCCUCUCCCUCUGCUACGCCCAUUACGCUAGCCCUGAAGGAACGAGCUUAUGUCCACCUCUCUGUGUUGUCCGACCCUGUUCUUCCCUCUUUCCCCUCCCCCUUACAGCGUCUCGUGUUGCUCAUGGGAGGCAGCAUUGCCUUCAGCAGCGAGCCAGGCGUCAGCAGCACCUUCCCCUUGUACAUCAACUCUCGCACCUCCUAUCUCGCUUCAUGUCUCUGGGCUUCCCUUCCUCUUCCCGUGUGGCAUGCCUCAUCUGUUCUGCAGCGUCUCGUGUCGCUCAUGGGAGGCAGCAUCGCCUUCACCAGCGAGCCAGGCGAGCACCAGCAGCAGCCGCAGCAGCAGCAGCAGCAGCAGCAGCAGGAGGAGGAGGAGGAGGAGGAGGAGGAGGAGGAGGAGGAGGAGGAGGAGGAGGAGGAGGAGGAGGAGGAGGAGGAGGAGGAGGAGGAGGAGGAGGAGGAGGAGGAGGAGGAGGAGGAGGAGGAGGAGGAGGAGGAGGAGGAGGAGGAGGAGGAGGAGGAGGAGGAGGAGGAGGAGGAGGAGGAGGAGGAGGAGGAGGAGGAGGAGGAGGAGGAGGAGGAGGAGGAGGAGGAGGAGGAGGAGGAGGAGGAGGAGGAGGAGGAGGAGGAGGAGGAGGAGGAGGAGGAGCGAGUGGCGGAGACGUCAGCAGACUCUAUGUCCAUCUCUCUCAUCCCCCUCCUCCCCACGUCCACUAAGACCAGGAGCCAGCCUCUUGAGGCGCCUCAAAAGAAGACCAGGAGUCAGUCGCUCAUCCCCCUCCUCCCUGACUCCAAGAAGACCAGGAGUCAGCCUCUCCUCCGCUUUGCACCGCACCACUGGCGCCAUCGCUCCUCCACCGCUGCUCUUGACCCCCCAACUGCUCACCACUGCACAGCCACUCACCCUCCCAGUCUGAUUCCUUCUCUUUUAGCCGCCCAACCUCCUGCUUCCUCCUCUCUACCCCCUGCUCCCACUGCCACAUCUGCUCUGGCCCCUUCUCCUUCUGUCCCUCCUGCCCCUACUGCCCCUACUGCUUCUGCUGCUGCAAUGCCUUCUGCUGCUGGCCCUUCACCUACUGCAGCCAGCAGCAGCAGCAUGCCGCCCAGGCUGGCGUCUCUCCCACACUCCAUCUCUGCUUCUGCCGCCUCUGCACCGCCCAGCGCUGCCACCACAGCCCUGCGUGCUGCUGCGCGUGCAAGCGGGGCCUGUCCAUCCUCCUCUCCCGACCUUUCUUCCAACCCCGCGCGCCGUUCCAAGCAUCUACCACCCUCCUCCUCCUUAGCACGCACCUCCUCACUCUCAACAAAGAAAGAGCGUCUACACGCAUCCACCUCCUUUUCCCCCUCCUUGUCCCGCACCCCGUCCCUCUCCCACAACGACCUCCCAAGCCUCAGAAAGGCGUUUCAGAAGCAAGCAGAGAGGGCCUAUGCAGAGGGUGCGUGUAGCCCCACCCUCUCCCUCGACCCUCCCUUCAACCCUUCUCUCUCCCUAGAUCCUCUUGAGUCGACUCAAAAGGCACUGUCCCUCGACCCCCCCUCUGGCCCUUUGAUCUGUACCUUUGAUCGACUUCCACAACCUUCUCUGGUCACCCAGUCCCUUCCGUCCUACCCUCCUAGGGUCCCGUCCCUCUCAUCGACCCACGCCCCGUCUGUCUCCCUCACUCCUGCUUCCAGCCCGCACAUUUCUAGCCCCACUGGCCCGGGGUCAGCGGCUUCGAAGCAUGCGAGAGCAUCGUCAGUUAGCGCGGUGGGGCCACCGCGCCUCUCACCCCUUGGUGAAUGUGUCCCUGGCAGGAUGGGAUGCAGCCUGCAUGGGGCCUGCAACUUUGGAUGUGCGGCAAGGGAUGGGGUGGUGGUGGAGGGGUGGCAGUCAACUCAGUCAACACAGUCGAUGCGGUCAAUACUUUCAAUGCAGUCAAGGCAGUCAACACGGUCGAGUUUGAUGCGCACCGCGAGUGGCAAGGUGGUGAGUGUGAGCAUGGAAGGGCCGAGGAUCGAGUCGAAAGCGUCGCUGCUGCUGCAGUGCUUGGCUGAGGCUCAGGUGAAGCAACAACAGCAGCAGCAGAGAGGGGAGGAGGAGGAAGAGGAGGAGGAGCCGCAGCGGGGGAUGCAGGCGGAGCAGCAAAAGCAGGAGCAGCAGCAAGAAGAGCAGCAGCAGCAACAGCAGAAACACGAGCAGCAAGAGCAGCAGCCGCAGCGUGUGGUGCCGAGGAGUCGGGUGGUGGCGGUGGUGGUGGAGGAGGAGAUGAUGAAUCGCUGCCGCCUGCAUGUGGACCAGCUGCUUGCCCUCGUGUCCCCCCACCUCUCUCCCCUGGAGCAGCAGCAGCGGCAGCAGCAGAUGGUGCAGGAGGAAGAGGAGGAAGAGGAGGCCAAGAAGAAGGAGGAGGAGGAGCAGCAGCAGCAGCAGACAGGGCAGAGGCAGGGGAGGAAUCGUGAGCGUCCGGCACUGGUGCUGCUACAUGGGUGGGUGUCCCUUGCUCCAGACCUCGUUCAACCGUCUGUUGCUCCGGAAACCAGUACAAAAGGCAACCCUGGAAGCACCGCCGACAACACCAAUAUCAAUGGUUCCGAUAACAGGAACAGCAACCACAACCACAGCACCCCUGCUUGCAGCCGAACCGCCAGCAGCAGCAGCGAGGCGCAUGUGGUGUCCAGAUUCGGUGCACCUGCCACUCCAGGAGCGUCGGCCUCACCGGUUACCACCGUGCCGUACCUCCUCUCUCUCGGGUUCGAUGCUGUGGUUCGGAAGCCGCUUCGGAGGAACACGCUUGCCGCUGCCCUGCUGCCCCUCUUCUUACCGCAAUCCCAAAAGUCUGUGUUGUCACACUCGCCUCAUGUGAGCAGCCGCCACGUAGAUACUACCGAGCCGGUGAGACGCUGUGAUUCUGAUGCUGACCAGGCUAGAGGAGGUCUUGAAAUGCUCUCAGGUUACACCAGUGAGCCUGGGAAGCUGGCCCCAGCAGCAGCGGCACGGGAGCCGGCAACGGUGGCGGAGGGGCUGAGCGUGCUGGUGGGUCGGCGGGUGAUGGUGGUGGAUGACAACCUCAUCAACCGCAAGGUGGCCAGCAAGCUGCUGGAGAGGCACGGCGCGCGAGUCACUGCCGUGGAUGGCGGCACCAAGGCGCUUCAAGCCCUUGCUCCGCCCCACCCCUAUCAGCUUGUCUUCAUGGACCUGCAGGUGAGCCUAGGAGGCGAGGGAGAGAUGUGUGGGAGGGUAGCAGAUGGUGGGAGGGUGGGAGAUGUGUGGGAGGGUAGCAGAUG